GGGCAUAACCUUAUCAGACAGGUUACUUAACCUACACGUAAUAUGAAUAACCUCACAUGGAUUGAGACGAUAACCCUGCAACACUAAAUCUCCACAAUAAAAUGAGACUGUGCCAAGAGAGGGGGAAUAUUGAGUUAGGGUUAGGGCACAGGGGUUAGGACAGUGGAGGGAGGAGCAGUGAGUGAAAGAGAGAGAUGGAAGUACUGUAACAGAUGGACUUAGAGGGAUUACAUGGAUUUGGGAUGGGUCUGUGACACAAAUUCCCAAGAAAGACAGAAAAAGGAGUGUGGCUGGUGGACACGCACUUAACGCUGAACGUGAGAGAGAGUGGCAGAGGAGAAUGAAAAGGGAGCAGAGCGUCAGGCUGGAAAAGAGCCAUCUCACUGCCUAACGAAACAAUAACAGCAAAUCUGAAAAGUUGCACACUGGGACGGACUUGAAGAUUCUAGUGAUCUUAAAGUGAUCAGCAGUCUGGUUUAUCCAUCCUGUGUUAACACUGCACGGAUUAAGAGCCAUGUGAGAGAAAGGCCAGGAGUACGAGCCAGGAUUUCACUCUCCAACACACCUAACACAAACAGAUUAGAGCAGUUUACUAUGGAUUACCAGCAACACUAGAUUUAGAUCAGAGGCUUAACUAAUAAUUUCAUCAAAAAAGUAAUCCCUUGAUUUUAUUCCCCUCAUCUUCUUUAAACCGUACUUCUUUAAAGUUGUGAUGAAAAGUAGAGUCAGGCCAGAACCUCCUAAUCAGGAGGUUUUUCAUUAUUAAUGUGCUAUGGAUCAAGAGGUGCUAUGGGGUACUAAUCCCACCCUAGCGACUCCAUAUGCAAGAACACAGUGAACCACUUGUGUGACCUGUCACCCAUAGUAGUGCUAUGACUAAUAUAUACCAUACCUGUCAUAAUAUGACUUAUCACUUGUGUACCAAAAGGAAAUGUAUUCUAAUCAUAUCUCUCCAUCUGAUUAUAUGACCUACGACUGGAUCUUGUAGCCAGUUUGAAGUCUGUGUGAUCAGAACUCACUGUAUCCUACCACUGUAAGGCUAGAGUGAAGGGUUAGGGGACAGAAAUCUAAAUAACACAGAUUUCCAAAAGCUUUCAAAUGUCCAUGAUUAGAGGAGGCUGGGGGCAAGGAAUCUGUUGACUCCCAGUUGAAUGGAUGGAAAGAAAAGCCCCAGAGAUCUAGAACAGGUCUGCUUACCAGGCAACGCUGGCCAGACAGACAUAUGUCCUCCCCCAAUCCUUUUGUUUUCUCCUGGCAUGACCCCUCUUCUCUGCUUAAUCCCUUUGUUCAUUUGUACAUUCUGUCCAUCUGUCAUUUUCCACCCGUCUAUCAACUUGACAGAGUCUUGUCCAGCUCUAAUCUGGCCUGCCAUUACCACCCAUCCUUUAGUAAAGUGCUCAUAAAUUAUUCUUGUGUUCUGUUCUAUUUGAACUGUUCUUAUUGAUUUUAUUCUUUCAUCAUCCUCUUCACCAUCACUCUCACAUCUUGUUUUUGACACAUAUCCUGUUCUCCUCCUUUUCACCACCCUCUUCUUUUUUUCUCCUGCUCUGUCUCUAUACACCUCCUCUCACUUUCCCCUGCUCUAUCUUUCUCCCGCUCUGUCUUUAUACACCUCCUCUCACUUUCCCCCGCUCUGUCUUUAUACACCUCCUCUCACUUUCCCCUUUUUAAUCUUUCUCUUGCUCUGUUUCUAUACGCAUUUUCUUUCCCCUAACUUAUCUCCAUACACCUCUCACUUUCCCUUGACCUAUCUCUGUACCCCUCCUUUGUCUUCUGCCCUAUCUCUGUAAAUCUCUUUACCCCCUCACCUAUCUCUCUACAACUCCUCUCUUUUGCCUGACCUAUCUCUACACACCUCUCAUAUCCCCCUGCCCUAUCUCUACACACCACCUCUCUCUCCUCCUUUGUGACUAUACACCUUCUGUCUUAUCCACCCUGCCCUAUUUUUAUAAAACACCUCUCUUUUCCCCCUGCCUUAUCUAUAUACACAUCCUUUCUCUUUUCCCUUCCCUAUCUCUGAAUACCUCCUCUCUUCCCCGCCCAGUCUCUAUACACCUCCUCUCUCUCUCCUGCACUGUCUAUAUACACCUCCUCUCUCAUUCAUCUCUCUUGUAUCUAUACAUCUCCUCCCUUUCCCCUGCCUGAUCUCUAUACACCUCCUCUCUCUUUCUCCUUCCUUGUGUCUAUACACCUCCUCUCUUGGCCUAUCCCUAAAUUUCUCUCCUACUCACCAUGUUGGAGAACCUGUCUCGUCGGUCCCGUUCCCUGUUGUCCCUGUCCCUGACCACUCUGGCUCUGGCUCUGUCCAUCCUGGCUCUCUGCACGUCCUACUGGUGUGAAGGAACACACAAGGUGGUCAAGCCUCUUUGCCUGUCUCCGGUGAAGAUGAGAAACUGUGGCCAGAACAACAGUGAAGCCUAUACUACAGAGAGCCCAACUCAGAACCCGUACAACCGGACCCUGUCCCCCCAGAGGAGAGAUGAGCUGGCUAAGAUCCGCCAGAGACAGCUGGCCAACGCCGUCCACUACAUCUGGGAGACAGGAGAGGACAAGUACACCUUUAGAUACUUCCACACUGGCUUCUGGGAGAGCUGUGAGAAACAUGUUGAUGGUGAGAAGUGUCGCAGCUUCAUUGAUCUUACUCCUGGGGAAACACAAGGUGUGUUGUGGCUAUCAGUGAUAUCUGAGUUCACAUACAUCGGUCUGUUGGGGAUAGGCUUUCUGUUGAUGUGGCUGGAGGUGUUGUGUUCCCAUAAAGAGAUGCAUGCUCUUAAAAUCAACGCCUAUGCUGCCGUCUGCACCGUGCUGUCAGGUCUGAUGGGGAUGGUGGCCCACAUGAUGUACACCACCGUGUUCCAGAUGACCGUCAUCGUCGGCCCUAAAGACUGGAGGCCCCAGACUUGGGACUACGGCUGGUCAUUCGCCCUGGCGUGGAUCUCAUUCAGCUGUUGUAUGGGAGCUGCGGUCUUCACCCUCAACUCUUACACCAAGACCAUCAUCGAGCUGCGCCACAAACAGAGGCUCCGAUUGGAGGAGGCCCGCGCUGCAAGCCACGCCCCGUCCUAUGAUGAGGUGGUCCCCGGGGGCGGGCUCUACUCUGUUAGCGGCUUAUUGCAGUGCCCGGACGGGAUGAUCGAUGUGGCGUGGGCACCGGACGGAACCGUAAUGGGGGUGGGGAACGGGGAUGUCCCUACUCUGGUGUUGGUGGGGGGUUGUGGGCCGGAGGGCUGUGAGGACUGCGAGAGAGAGAUGGAUGAGAUGGAGGAGGCCAUGGAGCGAGAAAGGGCUGACUCACCGUGUUAAUGAGAGAAGAACAGGGCAAAGGGGAGUGGAGGACUAUGGGUAACAUGUAAACACCCUGUGCUCAAGGAAGAAACCGUGACACACAAAGUGAGAGGGGAACAGUUCCUUGUUAGGGUGGGGGGAAUGUUCAUCUACUUCUCUGGUGUCGACUAGAACAUGAUGGACAUGGUAACCGGAAGAGCUACUGCAUCCCCUCAUUGACAGUUAUCAAAGAGGACAGCGACAUGUUUGGUUUGUGUGAACACUUCUUGAGUUGUCAUUAGUUACAACAACAGUGCCUACUGGUAAGCGAUUGUCACAGUACACGUGUAAAAGUGUCUGUGUUGGGAACUGUUUCGUUACAAGUAUUCAAUACUUCAUCACCUUUAUAAAACAUGUUUUUCACUUGAAUUGGUCCCAUUCUGAAGCUAUAAAAUAAACUAGGAUUUCUGUCGGUUGACGGAAUUAUGUUGCUCAUGUCCAUAAACUUUCUCUGCUUUCUUUCUAAAGAUCUGUAUUGCUCUAUAUCUUUCUAAUCUAUCCCUAAAUUGGAUCUAAUGAUCUGGAUCUCUUAUUCUUGAAAAGGCCAUCCCUCUAUUUUAACAAUUUCAACCCAUCAACUAUCAUACAAUCUAAACAGGUACAUAUCCUUAGCACUUAGUUCCUCUGAAUAUAUUAAUCGACUACAGUAGAUGCAGUCCUUUAUGUAUAAACUGUGAACAUUCACUAAACAUAAAAGCCCACAUACAGUAUUUUGGCCAACUAGGCAUGGGUGCAGAACACUGUAGAUGUUCCCUUAGUCAAUCCAUUCACAAGGACUGAACACUAGAGGCCACAAGGAAAGAUUAGAGAUUUUCUUACAGUCUGCUUUCAGAUGCUGGACUAAAGAUUAUGACAGUAAUCCUGAGUUGGAUGGUAGAAGGAAAGAACUGGGAAGGGGGAGGUGUAUAUGAGGGUCACAAAAUGGUCCAGGAAAGAAAUGGGUCAUUCUUGAAUUGCGUUGGAAUUUGUGUCCCUUGACUUCAUAAUCAUUAAAAACACCUUGAAAUGACAAAUACUUGCAUAUCAUACAUAUGCACGCUCAACAAUCUAACAAUUUAAUGACGGGUAACACACACACACACACACACACACACACACACUUUUGCAUGCAUAGUACAUACACAGCAUGAAUAGUCAUAGGGAAAUCCUGGAUUAUCUAACCAUAUGGAAAUGCUAUCAAAAACACAAGACCCAUGUCCUUUGUCAAUCCCAUAUUUUCAUGGUUCUGAAUUUUGAAAAUCCUUGCAGAAACCUUACUAUUCUUACUGAAUACAGUUUUCUUUAUGUUACAGACAAAUUGACACACAUUUAUUGCUGUACACAUAAUAUGAAAGUGUGUGAUCUACCAUAUGCAGAGUUCAUAUGGUGGAUUCCUUCAUAUAUAUAUAUGGAAUUACUGAAAUAAAUAAACUUUUUGAUGA